AUGAGCAGCAGCCCCGCCAGUGGCGUCUCCCUAGAGGGGAUCUCGCUGGAUUCCUCGGAGGAGUCCGAGCUCCGCAGGGAAGCCAUGCAGCAGGUGCUGGACAACCUGAGCGACCUGCCCAACUCCACCGGGGCGGCUGACCUGGAUCUCAUCUUCCUCCGCGGCAUCAUGGAGAGUCCAAUAGUAAGAUCCUUGGCUAAGGCUCACGAGUGCCUGGAGGAGACCAAGCUGGAGGCCGUGAGGGACAAUAACGUAGAGCUGGUGCAGGAGAUCCUGCAGGACAUCGCCCACGUCGCCGGGAGCAACAGCGCGGCCGCCGAGCUGGCAGGCAUCCUGCAGGAGCCCCACUUCCAGUCUCUCCUGGAAACCCACGACUCGGUGGCCUCCAAGAGCUACGAAACGCCCCCACCCAGCCCCCACCUGGACCCCAUGUUCAACAACCAGCCGGUGCCGCCGGAUGCCGUGCGCAUGGUGGGGAUCCGCAAGACGGCCGCAGAGCACCUGGGCGUGACCUUCCGGGUGGAGCGGGGCGAGCUGGUGGUCGCCCGCAUCCUGCACGGCGGCAUGAUCGACCAGCAGGGCCUGCUGCACGUGGGCGACGUCAUCAAGGAGGUGAACGGCAAGGAGGUGGGCAACGACCCCAAGGUGCUGCAGGAGAUGCUGAAGAACGCCACCGGCAGCGUGGUCCUCAAGAUUCUGCCCAGUUACCAGGAGCCUCCCCUGCCCCGGCAGGUGUUUGUGAAGUCCCACUUUGACUACGACCCGGCCAGCGAUAACCUCAUCCCCUGCAAGGAGGCAGGGUUAAAAUUCACGGCCGGGGACCUGCUGCAGAUCGUCAACCAGGACGACCCCAACUGGUGGCAGGCCUGCCACGUGGAGGGCGGCAGCGCCGGCCUCAUCCCGAGCCAGCUGCUGGAGGAGAAGCGGAAGGCGUUUGUGAAGCGCGACCUCGAAGUCCCCCCCACAUCCGGUGCCCUGUGCGGCAGCAUCAGCGGGAAGAAGAAGAAGAGGAUGAUGUACCUGACCACGAAAAAUGCAGAGUUUGACCGGCACGAGCUGCUAAUCUACGAGGAGGUGGCCCGCAUGCCCCCGUUCCGCAGGAAAACCCUGGUGCUGAUCGGGGCCCAGGGCGUCGGGCGGCGCAGCCUCAAGAACAAACUCAUCAUGUCGGACCAGGCGCGCUACGGGACCACCAUCCCGUACACUUCGCGGAAGCCCAAGGACCAGGAGAGGAACGGCCAGGUCUACUGCUUUGUGUCGCGGGGGGAGAUGGAAGCGGACAUCAAGGCUGGCCGCUACCUGGAGCACGGGGAGUAUGAGGGGAACCUCUACGGCACCAAGAUCGACUCCAUCCAUGAGGUGGUGGAGUCCGGCAAGAUGUGCAUCCUGGAUGUGAACCCGCAGGCGGUGAAGGUGCUGAGAACAGCCGAAUUCGUCCCCUACGUGGUCUUCAUCGAAGCCCCGGACUAUGAGACGCUCCGAGCCAUGAACAAGGCGGCACUGGAGAGCGGCGUGGCCACGAAGCAGCUCACGGAGGCGGAUCUGAAGCGGACGGUGGAUGAGAGCUGCCGCAUCCAGCGUGGCUACGGGCACUACUUCGACCUCAGCCUGGUCAACGACAACCUGGAGUGGACAUUCCAGCAGCUGCAGGAGGCCCUGGAGAGGCUGCGGGCAGAGCCCCAGUGGGUCCCCGUCAGCUGGGUUUACUAG